AUGUCUAGACCAAAGACCGCUGGGGUUCGCCCCUCAACCUCGGCUGGUCAGCUUGGUCAGAGCUUUCGCCCGAACACGUCCAGCGGUACACCUGCUGAUCUUGGGAGGGGAGACCAAGGCGAUUCUUCGAAAGAGUAUCUCAGCACAGACGAGUCUGAGACGAGCUGCCAGCUCCAUCGAGCCGAAGUCGACGACGAUGAAGAUGACGUCUUUGCUUUCGCUCCUCCUGGUUUGACCUCGCAGGCCAUGGAGGUAGUCCCAACUCCUUCAGUUGCUCUGACGGGAUCAGAGGCAACUUCGGCCGUGGAUCCGCUUGGAUCGGCGGUGGGAGGUGACAAAAUGGUUCGAGAAAGUGUCUAUUACUAUGAUCUAGCGAGCGGCGCCGUCUACGAUUCUCAAGGUCGUCUUGUGCAAUUUCAGGAGUCUGGCUCUCCGCCGCCACCCGUGUCAAUCAACAACAUUCAAGGCGUCAGAAGCGACGAGCAGAAGCCCGACCCAGCUGUCCAGCGUAGCACCUCGAUUAAGUGGCAUCCAUCCACGCGAGCCGACGACGGAACGCUGUCUCCCCGAUGCGAGUCGUCUGGCAAGGAGAGCCAAGGAGCACACUCUGCCACCUCUUCAUACCACGACGCUACAUCGCUCAACAAUCAGUCCGUUGCUUUCUCUCCUUGGUCAGAUAGCAUCGACCUGCUCGGCACCUUGCCUCGCCCAUCCUUCUCUAGAGUAGUGGAGCUGGAGCUCGAGGAAGAAGACGACUCACCGUAUCCAGAGGUGCGAGCAUCCGUGUCGAAUGUUGAUGAUCCAUCGAUGCCAUCCAUCACGUUUCGGUCCGUGGUCCUAGGGGUGGUGCUUUCGGCUUUCGCUUCGAUGGUUAACACCGUCCUGUCGCAACGCAACCCACCACUUCAAAUUGUUGCGAUCAUCAUUCAGAUCUUGGCUCAUCCGUUAGGCACGAUGAUGGCCAACGUCCUGCCCAUCCGGUCGUUCACCUUCCGUAUACCGAGAUGGCGAAAGCGGAAUCGAGAGACUCCUUCCAAUGGCAAACCGUACACUUGGUCGUUGAAUCCAGGACCGUGGAAUAUCAAAGAGCACACUGUGGUACUGGUGGCUGCUACUACGGGUCUCAACAUAUCCUACUCUCUGUCGAUCCUGCUGGCUCAGGAUCUGUCGAGAUUCUGGGAUGACAGAAGGUCCUUUCUGUACGGAUUCCUCUCCGUCUGCGCUCCGCAACUCGUCGGACUGGCGCUCGCCGGCUUCGUUCGGGAAAUUCUGGUCGAGCCAUCUUCGAUGAUCUGGCCACAGGAUCUCGCCGUAGCCACGGUACUGAACACGCUGCACGCAGAAGAGGAUUCCGUCGCCACGUCUGGGAUCAAGCAAAUUUCGAGGAUUCGCUUCUUCAACUUGGCUUCUCUGCUCGCCUUCGUGGUCUACUCUUUCCCCGGGUAUCUCUUCACCGCACUGUCGAUCUUCAACUGGGUCUGUUGGAUCUGGCCGAACAACGUACCCGUCAAUGUCGUGUUUGGUACUACGAGGGGACUCGGCGCUAGCUUUUUGACCUUUGACUGGACGCAAAUUGUCCUUCUCGGCUCUCCUUUGAUCAUGCCGUGGUGGGCACAGGCGAACAUGUUUGGUGGAUUCGUGCUAGGCCUUUGGAUCGCAGCUCCCAUUCUGUACUUCACCAAUGCGCUACACACAGCGUACCUUCCGAUCAUUUCGGCUGGAAGCUUCGAUCGUUUCGGGCGCACUUACAACGUCAGCAUCGUCUCGCCCGAUCACACGACGCUGCGUGAGGAUGCGUACGCAGCUUACUCGCAGGUGUACAUCUCGGCCGGUCUCGUCGUGGCCUACUUUGGCGGAUUCGCGCUGAUCACCGCAGCGGUGGUGCACACGGCACUGUACCACGGCCGUUUUGUGUGGAGCAGAUUGCGAGCGGGACGGUCGCUGCCGGACGAUGUUCACGCUCGUCUGAUGCGGAGGUAUUCCAACGUGCCGUUCUGGUGGUAUGCAGUCGUCCUGACGACAGGUCUCGGAAUGUCGGUCUUUCUUACCGCUGGUUACGGUUUACAGCUUCCCAUCUGGGCUUUAGGUCUGGCCUUCCUCCUCUCGGCUGCAUAUCUGGUGCCAUUCGGCUUCAUCUUUGCUAUGAGCGGUCUGCCUGCAGCUGUCAAUCUCGUCUCCGAACUUCUGGCGUCCUGGUUGAUACCUGGAAAGCCACUUCCGGUCAUGAUGUUCAAGACGAUCAGCCAGCAGACGACGACCUUCGGUCUGCUCUUCGCUCAGGACCAAAAGCUAGCGCAUUACAUGAAGGUCGCUCCCCGCAACAUCUUUUUCGUUCAGGUCCUGUCCAUCCUCGUCAACAGCGUGAUGCAAAUCGUGGCCAAGGAUUUCCUGCGAGAUCGCAUUCAAGGUGUAUGCGAUCCGAAUCAACCGCAACGUUUCACGUGUCCUACGGUCAACAUAUUCUACACUGCAUCGAUCAUUUGGGGCGCUAUCGGAGUGGAGAGAAGUUUCGGUCCGAGAUCGCCGUACCACCCGCUGUUCUACGGUCUCGUUGUCGGUGCAACCGUACCGCUGAUGACGUGGUUUGCGUCGAGGAAACUCAACUGGGCGCCGUUGAAAGCUAUCUCGACUCCAAUCAUCUUUGUCAGUAUGAGUCUGUCGCCUCCUGCCACCGGCAUCAACUUCACCUCGGCGAUCGUGGUGGGCUUCUUCUUCCAGUACUGGAUGCGAAAGCAUCGUGUCCACUGGUGGUCUAGGUACAACUUUGUGCUGGCAGGAGCGUUGGACUUCGGCACCGUGUUGUCAACGAUUGUGAUCUACUUUUUGUUGGAGAUACCCAAGGAUGGAAGCCUGCAGUUGAAGUGGUGGGGGAACCAGGUGCAAACGGGGACGGCUGAUGCUCAUGGUACGCGGUUGCUGGCUGCGCCCAAGCUUGGUUUUGCGCCUCCGCCUGGAGCGUCCUAA